UCUCACACAACGAACCCUUUCGUUUAUAAACCUCUGUAAGAACAAACACCACACAACCAAAAGCUCCGAGACACACAAACAGAGAGACCUAAGAGAAAAGGAACAAGUGUCGAUAAAAAUGGUGGGCUAUUCGUCUGCGCCUCCGGACUACGAGCCUCUGAAAGAGCUGGUAAAGCACCACAUAGAGUCAUUCGAUCACAUGGUCAGCUACGGAUUGGAGACCAUGCUCGUCAGCAUCAGUCCCGUUGAAGUCUUCGACCCUUUCACCAAGAAGAAGCUGCGAAUCUGGUUUGAAAAGCCACGACUAUUCCGUCCUCAAAAGGAAGGCAUUUCCCAGAGAAUGCACGAAGCUUUGUAUCCUUUUGAAUGUAGACAAGCUAAAAUUACAUAUUCGGGGAAAUUCCUGGCGGAUGUUUGCUUUCAAUAUGGUAAUGGAGCUGUUAUUAGAGAAAAGUUCAAUUUUGGGCAGUUUCCUAUAAUGUUAAAGGUUAGUGGCUCUAUCUCUCGUGUUUCUCUUUCAUCAAAGGGGUGCUAUUUGUCUCAAGGCUAAUGUUUAUCUCCUUAG